AUGGCCUGCUGUCACAAGGUGAUGAUACUGUUGGACACUGCGGGAGGCGCCGCUCGCCACAGCUCGGUUCGGGGGGCCGCCCUGCGCCUCCUCACCUACCUGAGUUGCCGAUUUGGGCUGGCGAGGGUCCAUUGGGCCUUCAAGUUCUUUGACUCACAGGGGGCGCGGAGCCGGCCCUCGCGCGUGUCGGACUUCCGCGAGCUGGGGCCCCGCUCCUGGGAGGAAUUCGAGGAGGAGCUGGAGGCCAGGCUCGGCGAUCUGACCCACAGCGCCCACCUUCCUGGUCCGGCGCCCAGGGCCACGCACACGCACGGCGCUCUGAUGGAGACGCUCCUGGACUAUCAAUGGGACCGGCCCGAGAUCACGUCGCCCACCAAGCCCUUCCUGCGGAGCAGCGGGCGGAGACUGCUGGACGUGGAGAGCGAGGCCAAGGAGGCCGAAUCAGCCCUCGGCGGCUUCGUGAACGCCGUCUUCCUCUUCGCCCCGUGCCCGCACUCGCACAGAGAGCUGCUGCAGUUCGUGUCCGGCUGCGAGGCCCAGCGCCUGCCACCCAACCCCAAGCAGGUGAUGGAGAAGGUGUUGCCCAAGACGGUUCAGGAAGUCAUGAAAUCCCGAAAAAUCACCCUGUACUGGGUGGAUACCACGGAUUGGCUUAAGUUGUGGGACUCCCCAGACCGCCUUGGGUUCCAGACGGUAUGUGAACGUCUCCAGAGUCUGGGAGGUACUGUCUUGCCAUCUGAACCUUUCAGCCAAAAUUUUCCUAAAACUGGGCAAAAUCUGCUUAGUGAUGAAAGGAAACCUGCAAACAAACAUCUUCUUUCUCCGUGGAUUUCAACUUUACCAACUGAUUCCUCUUUAAACUGUAUGUUCUACAAUUCUUGUCAAUAUGAAGCAUCAUUUCCACGAAUAGAAGGAAUGUUAUUUCUCCCUGUCAAAGGCAAGGAGAUUCAAGAAACAUGUGUCAUCACAUUAGAGCCCUUGACCAUGCAUCAGAGCCUUUUUCAGAACCCAGUCAAGAUUGUUCUAAAAGGCACAGCCACCCAAUGGACUCUCCCAGUGAGCAGUACCUUAACCACUGAUAGCUGGAUGCUCCAGAGUCCAGAGAGGGACGGAGCAAGUCAGAGUUUAUUCCAGCAGCUGGCAAAUAGGCUGAUUGCUGAACAGUUAUAUCUGGUUGUCAGUGUGGACCCUUGUGAAGGCUGGCCCCCGUCCACUGGAGUUAUAUCUCCCUUCUCCUCCAAUGCUACCGUCCUCACUGUGUUCCGCCCUGAAGAGGCUGAAUUUCAAACACGUUUUCUCCAAACGGUUGUGGCAGAGAGUCCCCAGGAAACAUCAGCUUCUCUUUUCCGUGAUAUCACAGAUGAUGUAUUAAAGCAGAUUGAGAAUUCCCCGGAAGAUGCCACUUCUCCUGCCUCUGUUCCAGAAUGGGCCCAGCAGGAGCUUAGCCGCAAUGUUCCCUGGAGUGCAACUCUGGUGGAGAAGUGGUUUCCUUUCUCCAACCUCAGCGGUGCCAGUUCAGAUUUAAUGGAAUCAUUCUGGUUACUACAGGCUUCCUCAGCUAAUAAGGAAGAGCCUUCCAAAACGGAAAAUGAACUAACACGUCACCUCUCUGAGUUCUACCAGAGAAAAACUCGGGAAGAAUCUGCAGCAGCCAAUCAGGAAGACAGCAAAAGGAAACGCAGUGUCCCUCGCACUCCAGUCAGGCGGAAGAUGAAUAGCAUGUGUCGGUCCUUAAAGAUGUUAAAUGUCGCAAGGUUCAAUGUAAAAGCUCAGAAGUUCCAUCCGGAUGGCAGUCCAGAUGCCGUGGGUGAAAAGAGAGUUUCAAAGACAGCAGCUGGAAGAACAGCAGAUAGAUCAGAAGACAGAGCGAGAACCUUAAGGAGUUCUAAAGCUAAAGAUUUUAAAACUGAGGAGGACCUACUAUCUUACAUACAUGAAAGUUAUCAAAAGGCUGUGACCACUGAUGAAAUCUCAUUGUUUACUUGUGCUCAGAAUUUGGUCUCAACAUUUAAAACAUUCCUGAAAUCCAAAGGCACCGAGGACUUGGAGAUGAAAUGCCUGGAUAAAGUAAAAGAUAACCUCUUAAAAACUAGUAAAAGUCUCCGACAGAAUCUAGGGAAAAAACUGGAUAAGAAAGCCAAAGUCAUAGAGUGUCAGCUUCAAGUUUUUCUUCGUUUGGAGAUGUGUCUGCAGUGCCCUUUACUACAAGAAAGCACAGAUGAGGCGGAACAGUUAGUGGAGGAGGUGGCGGAGCUGCUACGCAUGGUGUCUUUGACUGAGGAUCCAGCAUACCUAGCAAAGUUUCUGGAGGAAAUUUUGGGAUUGUACACUGACUCCAUCCCGAGGACUCUGGGAAGUCUCUACCACUGCCUCGGCUUUCAGAUUCCUCAGAAGCUGGCUGGUGCCCUGCCUACAGAUUUUUUCAGUGAUGACUCCAUGACCCAGGAGAGCAAAUCCCCAGACCUUUCUGUGCCACCUGCUCACAAAUCAAUGCCAGCUGGCACCGAGUCUGACCAACUGGAGGAGCUUCGUACCCGAUCAGCUAAGAAAAGAAGGAAAAAUGCAUUAAUCAGACAUAAAAGCCUUGCAGAAGUUUCACAGGCUCUUCGACAAAUUGAAAUUCCCAAAGUGCCCAAGAAAGCUACAAAAAAUGAGAACUCUCACUCCACUCUUCAGCAGCCUCCACUCCCUGUGAAAGAGAGAGUACAAGAAGUGACCAAAGUUCGAAGAAAUCUCUUCAACCAAGGAAUACUUUCUCCUUCAAAGAAAUCCUUAAAGCGGGGGUUGCCUCGAAGCCAUUCCGUGUCAGCUGUGGAGGGCCUGGAGUAUAAACCUGAAAACUUCAGGAGGGCCAAAGAUUAUCAUAAACUGCUGACUAAGAGUGUGGCAGAGACUCCAGAACAUAAGCAGAUCUCCAAAAGGCUGCUUCAUCGACAAAUCCAGGGCCGGUCCUCUGAUCCUGGCCCUGACAUUAGAAUUGUUGAAGAGUCCCCUGAAAAAGGAGAAAAUGAACUAAAUUUGAGACGAAGUCCUCGAAUCAAACAGCUGUUAAUCAACAGGACAUAUUCCGAGUUCUUCUAUUCUGCAUCUCAGCCGAAGUCUCGAAGUGUGCAGAGAGUUCACUCAUUCCAAAAUGACAAGCCAGGUCAAAGAGAAAAUUCUCCAGUCCAAAGCAUUCGGUCUCCCAAGAGUCUUCUUUUUGGUGCAGUGUCUGGGAUGACUAGUCCUUCACAGAAGGACUCGUCUCAGAUUAAAAGGCCUUCAAGAAACAUCCCGGGUUCUGAGAUACCUACAGCUUAUCAGACUCCCAAGAAGAAUUUCUGCAAACCCCCAAGCACUUCUCAAGACACACAAAGGCUCCCCCAGACACCCCAGACUCCAUGCUGCACCCCAGAGAGGCGGCCGGGAUUCCCCGUGGAAAUGACACCUGCCAAACGGGGGUUGUUGAAGGAAGCCUUGAGGAACUCCCCCUCAUCCGGCUGUGAUUCAUCCGCUGAACCGACGGUAACACCACAGAAAGGAUACCCAGAGGAAAUGGCUUCUCCUUCGGCAAAAAAGAUACCAAGAACCCCCAGAAAGCCUGCUGCUCGGCCCCCCAAUUCUCCGCAGACUUGUGCUUUGUCCCAGCCGGUGCCUUCCAGUCCAGACAGGACCUCGUUUCUAGCAUCCAGUGUCCCACUCGCUGUCCAGACUAGGAGUGGGCGCCUGGCUCCUGUCAGACACACUCUUAAAACGCCCUCGAAAUCAGCAGCCUUGGGCCCGCCAGGAGAAACGGCUGUUGUGGGCACACACCAGAACCCUGGAGCCUCUCAGGCAGCAGAACCUGGAUGGACACUAAAGGAAAAAUCUGUCAGAACCCCACAGAGCCCGGAGAGUGUACCUGCAGUUUCCUGCCCCGCAGCUUCUCUAGAGGAACUAUUUACCGCACCUUCGUGUGAGAUUUCCAAGAGCCCACUUGGGAAAUCUUUGAUGCUCUCACCGCCCUCUGGAGAACAGGAUGAGAAAAUGCCCCAGAAUUCAUCCUGUGUGACCACAUCGCUCUCACAUUCUGUUCCAUGUACGCCCCCCAAAAUCUCAGGCAUGGGUAAAUUGGACACUUGCUCCCUUUUCACCCCUCCUAAAGCUGGGAAAAGGUACACAAAUACCUCCGAUCCCCAAAGACGCAUCCGUGAACGCCGGGCUGACCCCAUGAGUGUUCGCGUGGUCCCCACGCCUGGUGAGCCAAUGGCCACCGCAGACUGUAGGGGACUCGACAGGGAAGGGCAUCUCUCUGCCGCGUCUCCCCGCGGAAGGUUCUGUUCCCCUGGGCCUGGUCUAGGGAGCGAAUGGCGUGGGUCCGCCCCUCUGCUUGCUGCAUGUGACGCAGACUACCUCACUCUCCUUGAAGAAAACGAACACGCCAGUGACAGCUUGAGAAAUGACACUUCACCGGAACUCAGGGAAGCAUUAAGGACGGUGGUUACCGACGAGCAGCCGUUUCUGUCUCACCCGGGGGCCUCCCCCUCGCCCUCGUCCUCUGGGUCCAGCUAUUUCCUGGGCCCUUCCUCCAGCCUGCACCAUGCAGUGGACAGAAAGCAGGGCCAGGCUGUUGCAUGCACAGACAAUCAGCAGUCUUUGACUUUCCCUGCAAAGCCCUCAUCCAGCCCACAGACCUACGAGGUUGAGCUGGAGAUGCAAGCGUCAGGCCUCCCCAAGCUUCGAAUUAAAAAGAAAAUGGGCCUCAGCACUCUGUUAGACUCAGAAGCCCUAAAUGGCCCUCCGGGAGUGGACACUGGGCCUGGUCUGAGCACUGCCCCCGACGGCAGGCACUCAGGCAGAUCUGAGAACAGCUACAUGUCACCCCCCUGCCUCCGCUCCUCACAUAGCACCCCCGGCAAGAACGGGGGGCAGACAUACAUCUGCCAGUCCUGUACCCCAACCCGCUCCUCCUUCCGCACCCCUUCUCCGUUACAAACAGAGGCCGGGGUUCCUUGGACACCAUCUCCCAAGCACAAUGGGAAGACGCCUCCUGACACGAUUAAAGACUGGCCCAGGAGGAAGCGGGCGGUGGAUUGCAGUGGGGGCAGCAGCCUGGGGAGGGCAGCGGCCGAGGGCUGCACGGACCCUCCCGCCAGUGGCGCAGAGCUGGAGCUGGAGGGCAAGGAGAGGAGCUUUGAACUGGGCACCUCCAAGACUCACAUCUUGGGGGAUUUUGAACUUGAGGGGGUAUGUCAGCUGCCAGAUCAGUCCCCUCCCAGGGACAGCAUGCCCAAGGUUGAGGUCACCUCACGGGGCCAGUUUGGACUGGGCUCCAGGAAGAGGUGCCUUUCUGCCAAGGAAGAAGCUAAAUGCUGGGCCAAGAGAGCCCGUGACCGCCAGAGAGGGGACACGGAAGCAAGUGGAGAGUGGUCUCCCGGUGCAGGCAUGGGGCAGCUCCCCUCCAUAGGGGAUGAGGAAGUCUUCCUUUCAGGUACUACCCCACCCUCCAGCGGCACCUUGAGGGGCUGCCUGUCGGCCAGCGGCCUCCAGGCACUGACCCAGUCCCCGCUACUGUUCCAGGGAAUGACGCCUUCUCAGUACAAAGACCCCAAAGAUGAGGAUACGGAUGUAUUUCCCUCCACUACAGAAGACUCUCCUUUCAGCCAAGCACUCACCAGGAGGCGCCCCAUCAGCAGGACUUAUACACGGAAGAAGCAGUUUAGCUAG